UUUGUUUUGACUUUUCACGCAAGCAAAACAACACUUUUGUUUUCUUUGUAGAAAAUAUAUAAAAUAAAACAAUAAAAAAAUAAAUAAAGUGUUUUGUCUUGAGUAAUCAAACAUCCUCAACGUCAACUAAUUCUUCAAAGAUAGUAUACCUCAUCCUGAACUCAUUGUCUUAAUUUAUUCACGAAGAACAAUGACAUCAAGUGAUAAUAAAGAAGUCUUUCUGUUCCAACCAUUAAAGUCCUUUGUCAGCCCAACCUUCUGGCAUAAACUCUCGGAGAUAAAAAUCGAUUUUGAUCGAUUAUCGGAUGCUGCCAAGCCGGUCUAUGGAUUCUAUACGAAUUGCAAUUCCAAGUCAUGCCUCCUAGAAGUGGAUUAUAGUUCUUUUAACACAUCAUUCAAUCCUCCGAAAGACUACUACACAGCAAUUGGAACCCUUUAUAACAAAAAUACCAUUGAAGAUUUUAAGGAAUGUGAUAAAAAUGCCCUCUUGCAAGCUGAAGGUCAUAAAUUCCUCGAUGACAUCGCCACGGGAACAAUCCUUGACGAUCCUAGAUUAUUAGCACGUUUUAUAAUUUUAUCUUUUGCUGAUUUAAAAACCCACAACUACUACUAUUGGUUCGCCUUCCCAUGUCCACUUAAACCAACGUUAGAAGUCAGCCCAGGUACUAAACCUUUGCGUCUUGCAGACUUACCAGAUCUCUUCCAUAUGAUUCAAAUUAUUGAAUCUCUUCCGGAUCAAAAACGAAGCUUUUUCAUACUUAACAAAUCAAUAAAAGAUCGUUGCAUUGAGUUGAAAGACGUUAUCGACCCAAAUAACCUCAUGGACAACUUGCUGGAUCAAAAUAUUGACGAUUUGUAUUUCUGCUUUGCCGAUCCAAGUGAAUAUGAUAAUCCAUCUUGGCUUAUGAGGACUUAUGCAGCGUUUUUGCAUUUAUCAUGUCCCUCACUAGCUGGAAAAAAUAUUAAAUUUAUGGGUGUGCGAUACACCUCUGUGGGAAAAUAUGGAAGUAGCCUUAUUUGGGAGGUUUAUUUACCAAAAGACGAUAAAUAUAUCGAUGAUUUGAAAUUUGUUGGCUGGGAACCAAAUAAAAACAACAAAAUGGGACCUCGUAUGGUUUCCAUGAGGGAUAGUAUGGAUCCAGCCAAAUUGGCUGAAAAUUCUAUAAAUUUAAAUUUAAAAUUGAUGAAAUGGAGACUUGUACCUGAACUUAAUUUAGAGACAAUGGCGGACACGAAAUGCCUACUGUUUGGUGCUGGAACUCUUGGUUGUGCUGUUGCAAGAAAUCUUUUGAGUUGGGGAUUCAAACAUAUAACUUUAAUAGACAACGGAAAAAUAAGUUUUUCCAAUCCAGUACGACAAAAUCUCUAUACUCACGAAGAUGCUGUGCAAGGCAGUAAUAUGAAAGCUACAACAGCUGCAAAAAGGCUCAAGGAAAUCAAUCCAAAUUCAAUUACCCAAGGAUACGUUAUGCAAAUUCCAAUGCCUGGUCAUACAAUUGGUGACUCAAUAAAAGAAGGUGCCAUCGAAGAUUUAGAAAAAAUAAUUUCACUGGUUAGAGAGCAUGAUGUUAUAUUUUUACUGACUGAUUCCAGGGAAAGCCGAUGGCUGCCUACAAUGCUAGGUGCUGCUAACAAGAAGAUCGUGUUAAAUGCAGCUCUUGGGUUCGAUAGCUAUCUUGUGAUGAGACAUGGAAAUAUGCAAGAUCUCGGAGAGAGUUCGAAAUAUGUAGAUAUUGGAGAUUUAAAAUGCAUUCCUGGAUCGCAACUGGGAUGUUACUUUUGCAAUGAUAUAACUGCUCCAGGAAACUCUUUGAAAGAUCGAACUCUUGAUCAGCAAUGUACAGUUACUCGACCUGGGGUUUCUAACAUAGCUGCUAGCUAUGCAGUCGAGUUACUUGUUUCAAUUCUUCAACACCCCGAUAAAGACUCAGCACCUGCUUAUUUCAGUUCAUCUGGAAAAUCAACAGAAAAAAUACCAGAAGGCCUUUUAGGCAUCAUUCCUCAUUCUAUACGCGGUAUGCUUUUUAAUUAUGAAAACAUUCUGCCUGCUACAAGGAAAUUCUCACAGUGCAUUGCCUGCUCAGAGAAAAUUGUGGGUGAAUUCCAAGCCAACGGCAUUGAGUUCCUCUUGAAAGCCUUCGAAACCACAAAGUAUCUGGAAGAUUUAACCGGAAUCUCCGAACUGAUGAACAUAGAUGCCAAUAUUAUCGAAUGUGAUGAAUCCGAUUUUGAAUUGUCCGAUGAAUAAAAGCCAAGAAGAGAGCACUUUCCAUUUAAUAUAAAACCAUAAAACAUUAAAAUCUUUAAUUCAAUUGUUUGUCUUUGUAUUUUUAAGAAUAAAGUUCAACUAAAGUUAUGCAUAUUAUUAUGCCUAAAAUUCUUUACUUUUCAUCCUGCUCAAAUAAACAUAAAAAUGACAGUUUGUAAUCAUUUUAA